GAGGGGGGCGGGGAAAGAAGUAAAUCUGGGAUUUUGGAAGAGGAGGUUAGUACUGAUGAGAGCAUUCCUGUUUCGGCUGUUUUCUGACUUUUUACAGUAUAACGGUUUUUCCUCAACUUGGAUCUAACUGCCAACUCUGAACAGCCACCCUUUUCAGGCUGCCGCAGCGCCCUAGCCCCUUCUGCUUCGUGCAAACUCAAGCAGUUUAUUUUAGGAUUUGAAGUGCUGGAAAUACUGUAUACAUGGACAAGAAUAGAAUGUUUCUUCAGGCAAUUUUAAUAUUGUUGCUCCACAAUUGCAUAUCAGCUGAAGAUGGUGAUAUAAGAUCAAGUUGCCGGACUGCCCCGACAGAUUUAGUUUUCAUCUUGGAUGGCUCCUACAGUGUUGGACCAGAAAACUUUGAAAUAGUAAAAAAAUGGCUUGUCAAUAUUACAAGUAAUUUUGACAUAGGGCCAAAGUUUAUUCAAGUUGGAGUAGUUCAGUACAGUGAUUAUCCUGUACUUGAAAUCCCACUUGGGACUUAUGAUUCAAAUGAAAAUCUAGUCAGACAAAUGGAAUCCAUACAGUACUUGGGUGGAAAUACAAGAACAGGGAGAGCAAUUCAGUUUGCAAUUGAUCACCUAUUUGCUAAAUCCUCAAGAUUUCUUACAAAAAUAGCAGUGGUUCUCACUGAUGGCAAAUCACAAGAUGAUGUCAAAGAUGCGGCAGCUGAAGCAAGAAAUAACAAGAUCACCCUGUUUGCCAUUGGAGUUGGUUCAGAAACAGAAGAGGAUGAACUAAGAGCCAUUGCCAACAAGCCCUCCACAACGUACGUUUUCUAUGUUGAAGAUUAUAUCGCAAUAUCCAGAAUAAGAGAAGUAAUAAAGCAGAAACUUUGUGAAGAAUCUGUUUGCCCAACAAGAAUUCCUGUGGCAUCUCGAGAUGAAAAGGGAUUUGAUAUCCUACUAGGCUUAGGUGUGAAGAAAAAGGUGAAAAAGAGAAUUCAGAUCCCAUCUACUAAUGCCAAAGCAUAUGAAGUAAUUUCACGUGUUGAUUUGUCAGAAUUGACAAGGAAUGUCUUUCCGGAAGGUCUGCCUCCAUCAUAUGUGUUUGUUUCCACUCAGAGGUUUAAAGUCAGAAAAACCUGGGAUUUGUGGAGGAUUCUAAGCCUGGAUGGAAGGCCACAAAUAGCUGUCACUAUAAAUGGAGAAGACAGAACAUUGUCAUUUACUACCACAAGUAUAGUAAAUGAUACUCAGGUUGCUACUUUUACUUCACCCCGUGUCAAGACAUUGUUUGAUGAUGGCUGGCAUCAAAUCCGCCUCCUAGUAACAGAAGCAGAUGUAACAUUGUAUAUAGAUGAUCAAGAAACCGAAGUGAAGCCAUUGCAUCCUGUUUUAGGGAUCUAUAUUAGUGGAUUGACGCAAAUUGGGAAAUAUUCUGGGAAAGAGGAGACUGUCCAGUUUGAGGUCCAAAAGUUAAGGAUCUACUGUGACCCAGAGCAAAAUAACAGAGAAACAGCCUGUGAGAUACCUGGCUUUAAUGGAGAGUGCAUGAAUGGACCUAGUGAUGUAGGAUCUACGCCAUCUCCUUGUAUAUGUCCUCCAGGAAAACAAGGCCCUUCAGGCCCAAAGGGAGAUCCUGGACAACCUGGGAAUCAUGGCUAUCCUGGAGAACCUGGUCCAGAUGGUAAGCCUGGCUAUCAAGGAAUAGCAGGAACUCCAGGUAUUCCAGGAUCCCCAGGGAUUCAGGGGCCACGUGGCCUUCCAGGCUCGAAGGGUGAACCUGGGCAAGAUGGAACAAAGGGUGAACGCGGACUUCCGGGUUUCCCUGGAUUACAUGGGAUGCCAGCAUCCAAGGGUGACAGAGGUCCAAAAGGAGAUCAAGGCCUACCAGGAAUUUAUGGGAAAAAGGGUGCAAAGGGAGAAAAAGGUGGUACAGGGUUUCCAGGAAUGCCGGGAAGACCUGGAGAAUCUGGAAGGAGCGGGAAGGAUGGCAUGCCUGGAAAUCCAGGGUUUAAGGGAGAAGUUGGAGAGCCAGGUUCUUCAGGACCAGAAGGAAGACGGGGAGACUCUGGAGUUCCUGGGAUCCCUGGAACUCAAGGAAUAAAAGGAGAAAAGGGUGAAAUUGGGCCUCCAGGACAACCAGGAACAAAUGGAUCACCAGGAACACCCGGUGUGGCUGGAAUAGAUGGAACAUCUGGUUUACCGGGAGGACCUGGUCCUAAGGGUAGCAAGGGUGAACCAGGACUACAAGGGAAAUCAGGAGUGCCAGGUACCAAGGGAGAACAAGGGAGACCAGGUGCUUCGGGUGACCCAGGCUAUCCUGGUAUGCCAGGCUCACAGGGCUUGAAGGGGGAGAAAGGAAACUCCGGUGAAAGAGGCAUUCAGGGUCAGAAGGGUGAAAGUGGCAGAUCAGGGACUCCAGGCCAAAAGGGAGCCACAGGAUUAAAGGGAGCUACAGCAGAGAAAGGCGAGAAAGGAGAUCCAGGAAUUAAUGGGUUGAAUGGACAAAAAGGAGAACCUGGAGUUAAUGGUUUGAUUGGUCCACCAGGCCCAAGGGGUGGACAAGGAGAGAGGGGAUUUCCGGGAACUCCGGGCUCAGAUGGGAAACCAGGAAGAGGCUUUUCAGAAGAUUUUAUCCGGCAAGUAUGUGCAGAUGUGCUAAGAACCCAGUUGUCUACGAUGCUUCGGAAUGGAAGGCUACAACACUGUGACCAUUGCCAGUCUCAUGGUGCUUCUUCGGGACCUCCUGGGCCACCAGGCCCAACUGGCCCCCAAGGUCCUCGAGGUUUUCCUGGUUUGCAAGGAAAUGAUGGGAUUCCAGGUCUCACAGGGGCUCCUGGGCGUCCGGGAACUCGGGGAGUAAAAGGCCCACCAGGAAAAAAUGGAGCUAAAGGAAGCCAAGGAUUUGGAGCCCCUGGAAUGCCAGGCCCACCAGGUCCUCCAGGUCCUGAAGGCCCACCUGGGGUAAGUAAAGAAGGACGUCCUGGAGAACCUGGGGAACCUGGUAAAGAUGGAGACCGUGGAAAUCCAGGAAUUGCUGGACAAACUGGACCCCCUGGAAUUUGUGACCCAUCUUUAUGCUUUAGUGUAAUUGUAGGGAGAGACCCAUUUAGAAAAGGACCAAACUAUUAAUUUGAUAUAUAUUAGUUGACAAACUAAGCCUGGUGCUUGCCUUUUAUGAUCUUUCAAGUCUCAGGAAGAUGACUAGCAAUAAUCCCCUUUCCCAGGAACUAAAGUACCUCUAGUUGUAAAGUAAUAUUACAUAUUCACUUAUAAGACUCUAAAAAUCUGAGGCCUUUUGGAUAGAUUAAACUUCUGGGCCCUGACCCAGUUCAACUUAGUGAUCACUUCCAAAAUUCUCCUCCUCCUGAAUUUCUUCCCAGAUGUUGGAGUUCCAGAUUCAUCCGUCUUGUUUCCAAAGCAGAACCAACUCGUUUGGAGUCCUCUAUUCCUUUUUUCUGAAUUUUGCACCAAAUACUGUGAAAGUGCAGUAGCACUGCACCUUUCAGUUCCUUCUAUUACUUUGUGUCUUUUCCUUUCUCUGCAAUACCAAUGAAGAAAGAACCCUGAAAAAAAGUCAUCUUGAUGUGAUUGUAUAUAUGACUGCACCAAGAUUUCCUUUGGGUGGUGUUUUACUGAUGCACAUGUGAACUUCAUCAAUGUGUGGAUUGACCAAAAAAACAAAUAGGAUGUCGUUGUAUAUACAGUCAUAUCCAGAUUCUCUUGUGUCAUGUUUUGCCAGUGUGCAGGAGUCCACAUGUGUAUCAGUAAAAUGCUACAAAAGAAGAAUCUUGAUACAUAGAAUUACUUCAAGAUGGCUUUUGGCAGUGUCUUAUUCCUGCAGGUGUGUGCAUCAGUAAUAUUAAGGGGGAGAGAUGCAAGUGAACUAAAGAAGCUGAAAGCGGUGACAAACUGUGUAUGCACCCGUUCCGAAACUUCUUUUAGAAAUUCUCCAAGUUAAACAUGAAUUUGGGAAGAAUGGAAUACAAGGCAGAGUGAUCCAGAGAAAACAAGGAAUGGAAUGUGGGAAAUCCUCACAUCCCUAGAACCUUUCAGUUUGAAAGCAAUGGAACAAAUAAGACAUGGUUAAUCUAAGUCUCGUUGGCUGUAGGGAUGUGCAAGGAACUGGUUUUGUGCACUCCCAGGAGGGCAGGGAAUUCCUUUUAGGGGCAGGGGAGGCACUGCCUACCUGCCAGCCCGCACCCCACUCUUUCCCCCCACCAGCGCUCUCGUAAAAAGCGGGUGUGCGGGACUGCAGCAUCCAUCCCUGCACCCCAGUCAGCAUCACGAUGGAAGUGGCUGAUGCGCUUGCGCAUGGUAUGCACAAGGACAAAUGUUGGUCAUUUACAUUGCGAUGUUGACCGGGGCGUAGGGAGGGACACUGCACUUCUGCGUAUCCACUUUUUACAAGAGCGCCGGGGGGGGGGGGGGACAACGGAAGCAGCAGUGUAGGGGCUGGCAGAUAGGCAGCACCUCCCCUGCCCCUUAAACCAAACCUGCCCUUCAAACCGGUUCAAAUGUGGGUCCCUGGAACCAGUUCGGCACUCCUGAAAUGGAGCGCUGAACAGUUCCAAGCACAUCCCUAGUUGGCUGGCAUUCUGACUAAUGAAGUGCUUCUGCAAGGAUGUUGUUUUAGUGCAAAGCUGUUGCACCAGCUACUUGUGUGAUGUCUGGAGCUUGCAUUCCAGACUAGUGUUGCACAAAACCUGUUUGUCUGGUUUGGUUUGAGUCUGAGACAGACCAGGCAGGUUUGGUUUUGUGCCCCCAAACUAGAACCUCAGCUUGGCUCAAAUAUGAGCCAAUUCAGGGUACUAAAAGUUUUUAAAAACAUUUUUAAAAGACUUUCUGGCAGCCUCCGGGGGUGCUGCUGCGGCCAUGGGGAUGUGUGUCUCCGGAGGUCCCUCCCCCACCGGCCUGCCCCGGUCUUCUAUGGCCACCGCGCAUGCACCCUGGACAUUUGUGUGGCCUGGCUCAUGACCCGGCCAUGCAAAUGGCCAGGGUGCAUACAUGGCAACCACAGAGGACUGGGGGGUUGAGAGGGAACCUCCAGAGACAUCCCUACACACACAGCCACAGCACCAGCUCCCAGAGGCUGCUGGACCUGGCGGUAAGUCUUCACUUAAAAAAAAAAAUUAGAACUCCGAACCAGCCCUGAGCCAACCCAGGGGGUCCGGCUUGCCCUCAAGCCAAACCAGGCCCGGUCCAGCUCAAGGGCAUACUGGCUCAACCUCAAGCCAGUUCGCACAUCCCUAUGUUGCGCUAUCACAUGUAUGCUUGCACAGCAGUGCACAACUGCAGCAUGUCUCAUUUGUUGUAAAUGAAACUUUUGUGCAACUGUGCAAAUUGUUGGGGUUUUUAGAACAACCAUGUGAUCUUUUUGCACAGGUGCAACUUUCAUUAUGCAAGCGCUUCAUCAGUCAGGAUGUUGGCCACUGUGUUAAGGUACAAGUGACACUAAUUGAACUGAGGCUCUGAUAUCCUGUGAGUGAAUUUUAGCAUCUGAUGUUAGCCCAGUUACACUACUGCUUCCUUGUGAAGUCAACUGGCAGCAUUUUUAUUGACUUUACCAGAAGCUGGAUUCACCCCUCCAACUUUGGUGAUCAUGUGUACAUCACUGUGAAAUGUUUCACAAUUCAGUCUGCGUAUACAGCAUCUUAAUGUUGAUGGAACGUGGCUGGCUGUUAGUUCAUAUGUGUGUAAAUCUCACCCAUUUCUAUAGGUUUCAUAUUUCACAGGUUGCAGAUUUCUUUAGAGAAAUAAAGAACCCAAGUCUUUUAAAAAGGAAACGGGGGCUAGUUUAACAUCAGGCAUUUUCAUGCAGCUACAAUUAUACCCAUAUUGUCCUCAGUGAAUUUGUGCAAAGAUCCAAUUAUACUUUUCCAUCUGCAAGCUAAGAAACCUCUGAAAGCACCUUAAGCAAUAAACAAUUGUUUGCGAGUUUAAAAAAAAUUGGUUUCUGAAUUAUACUCUACCAGAAAUUUUAAGAAAUCAUACCUUUGCACAAGAAAGUUCAACCAUAUUUAAUAAUUUCAGCCUGACUGUAGAACUGGGUGCUGUCAUUUUUGCUAUGCUCUGUAGGACUGCAGUUGUCAAACAAAGGUUUACAAAAUAUGCUUAUGCUUACUAGGUAACUACAGUGUUCAUUAUGCUGCUUCUUUGUACAUUUUAAGUAAGCCCUUUCUGUGUUCAUUUCAUGAAAUGAGAUGCAAUGAAGAAGCACUGCUGGCAUUCUAAUCAACUCAGUUGUACAAUUUCCAUUGGAAUUUGAAGCCAUUUUAAGCAUUAAUGCAAAAAGUCUUUUGUUGCACUCAUCUCAAAGCUUUAUGACUGGCCUUUUGUUCAUGUUUUUUUCUGUUGUCAUUUGUUAUAUGCUUGACAUUCAAGGUAAAAUAAUUUUUUGCAGAAUUUGUUGUAAUAAAAAUCAUUUUUAUUAAUGCAAA